ACACUACUAUAGUACUCACUUGGUCUUGGGAGGCAAAGUUUCUAGAAUGAAGUGGUGCUUGUUACUUUUUUUAGUAGCAGUGGUAGUGGAAGCGGUUCCCUUUGAGGGACCGCGGUGGUCCUACCACGAGAAAGUGGGAAUUCCGAUGUCCGAGCAAUUGAAGAAGUUUGAGUUGGCAGCCAAUUCUAGCAGAAUUGUCGGCGGCACCUCGGUGCCUCUUGGCAAGCAUCCUUUCAUGGUGGGAAUCGUGAUUCACUUGUUCACCCCAGCCACGUCUGUGUGCGGAGCAUCUCUCUUGACGCACACGCGGUCUCUGACGGCGGCGCACUGCUGGUACGACGGCUGGCGCUGGGCGCGUAUGUUCACCAUGGUCUUCGGCUCCCAGACGCUGCAUAUUGGCGGUUUGCGUAUCGACACCGAAGAUGUUGAGAUGCAUCCCGACUGGAACCCAUUAAAUCUCAACAACGACGUCGCUAUCGUCCGGCACGAUUGGGUUGCCUUUAAUGAUAUUACUAGACCCAUUAAUCUACCAAUUGAUCAAGCAAACAACGAUUUCGCUGGAUCUUGGGCGGUAGCUGUGGGUUACGGGAGACAAUUCGAUGGUCAGGUUCCCACAUUUAAUCCGGACUUGAGAGAAGCACAUCUUCAGGUGGUGCCAAACGAAGUGUGUUGGCAGUUGUAUCCUAGUUUGGUUGCAGACUCAACUCUCUGCACAAGAGGACCUAUUGGGACCAAUAUUUGCCAAGGUGACUCAGGCGGCCCUCUUGCGCUUGAAACUGGCGAUGACCGAAUUCUGAUUGGUGUUGUUUCGUUUGGAGCUAUAAGCUGUGAGGGAGGGCAUCCAGCUGGCUAUGCACGAGUGACCUCGUUUUUACCCUGGAUUCUAUCAAGAAACUAAAUUACUUUAGUAAAUAUUGUUUGAAUAUCAUAUCACAUGUAUUUAAUAAAUAUUGUACA